UACGGCAACUCAGGAGGUCCCCUGGUCAACUUGGACGGGGAAGUCAUCGGCAUCAACACCCUGAAGGUGACGGCAGGAAUCUCCUUCGCCAUCCCCUCAGACAAGAUCCGACAGUUCCUGGCCGAGUCGCACGACCGACAGGUCAAAGGAAGAGGCGUCAGCAGGAAGAAGUACAUCGGCAUCAGGAUGAUGACCCUCACACCCGCGAUCGCUAAGGAGUUGAAGGAGAGACAGUCAGACUUCCCAGACGUCACGUCAGGUGCUUACAUCAUCGAAGUCCUCAGCCGUAGUCCCGCCAAAGCCGCCGGUCUGCAGGACAGCGAUGUCAUCAUCAGCAUCAAUGGCGAGCGCGUGACAUCGGCCAGCGACGUCAGCGCCGCCAUCAAGCGUGACGCCACGCUGCGCAUGGUGGUGAGGCGGGGCAACGAGGACGUGGUGGUCUCUGUGCUGCCUGAGGAGGCGGAGCCUUGACCUGCAGCCAGACUGGACAUGUGCAGCCAGACUGGACAUCUGCAGCCAGACUGGACAUCUGCAGCCAGACUGGACAUCUGUGUGACCUGCUUGACACGUUUUCUUACAAGAAAAUAAAGAUU